GUGGCUAAGCGAAUCAUGCCGUAACAGGAAAAUAACACGUUACACUGAAGGUGUGGAAAUCAUCACUGGUGAAUCUCAAUAUGGACCCCCAGGAAAGUCACGUCAUUGAUAAUAAUGCAGAGGAACAGCAAACGCAAUCAGAAGAGGCGGAGUCGACCGUUAGGCCGACUCUGUCGCAGGUUAAGAAGUCCUGGGGUUUCAGACGUACCACCAUUGCGAAACGGGAGUUCUUAGAGGAAGUCGGAGACCUCAGUGAGAGUCCUCCACUUGUUCGAAAAGGGAGAGGCCGGAAAAGAAAUAAGACUCCAGGGACAACGAGAGAGACUCGCCAGACACAAAACACUGCUCGUACAGCGAAGAGUGUUAUAGAUGAGCUGCAGUGGUCUGCCCCAUCCUCACCUGCCUCAGAGGACAGCAAGCCAGCCUCAGAAGCUUCUGCGGGAGCGGGCCUUGAUCCCAGCUUAUGGCAGGAUGUUGGGUCUGCAUUUCACACUGCCUUCUCACUGUUGGGAGGGGAAGAAGGCCUGUCCAUGACAAUGUCAGAUGCUGUGGGAGGCACUGGAACUCCAGAACCCACAGAUAAUGUUGAUGCCUCCAAUCCACCAGUUGUCGAAGAACCUGAGGUGUCCGAUGACAUGGAGAUUGGCGAACCGGGCACGCCUAAUGAUGUGCCAGAAGGGCUGAAUAAUGAUGUGAUUUCGAUCUCUAGUCAAGAAGACAGCGAUGACCUGACUCUGUUGCAAAUUAAGGAGCAGGUGGCUUCUCAAGUCAGUUCAAGGGGAAGAGGUGGGAAAGGUGGCAGAGGACGGGCUCGAGGAAGGGGAAGAGGCAGAGGAAGAGGUAGGGGCAAGGGCAGAGGAAGGGGAAGAAGUAUGGCCAGGGCAGCGGUGAUUGCAUUAAGCACAGAGGAUGAUGAAGAUGUAAAUGAGGAGCCGAUGUUAUAUGAUACAGUGAAAGAGCAGCAUUCAGUUCAAGUGAUGAAAGGGAACGACACACUCAGACUGACUGAGCAGCAGCAGCCACCUGCUGACUUUGGUAUUGGUCUGACUCCUGCUCAGAGCUUAGGCUUGGACUGCAUGAUCAUAGGCAGUGAUUCUGGCAACAUUAGUGUUGCAACUCCUGGCCAGUACGACGACGCAGCAGAAGAGGGAGAAACACACCCCGAGAGAGAGUAUCCACGCUUAUCAGACAGUGAAGGAUGUGAUGCCAGGUCUCUGUGCAGCAUCUGUCAACAAACUCACAACAACAGGUUCAUGAUGUGUUGCGACAGCUGCCAGGAGUGGUACCACGGCGACUGCGUCGGUAUCAGUGCAACGGUCGGGGAUUCAAUGAAGAGCACAGGGCAAGAGUAUAUCUGUCCAGCAUGCACCACAAAGAAGGAGAGCCUGCUCCAGUCCGAGUCUGACCCCUUGCUCUUCCCUGAACUUUGUAUUCCUGAGUGUUUGACUCUCAGUCCUUUUGGUGAAGAAGAGGUGGAGCGAGAAGAGCAGCUGAAGAACCUGAAGGAGGCUGUGACAAAGGAUGAGGAGAAGAAAGAAGUUCCUGCAGCGUGCGGACAGCCUGAACCUGAACCAGAAGGCACGGCGGAGACGGACAGUUCUGUGGCCCUGUGUAUGGGACCCAGCUGUUCCAAACAGGCUCUGCCAGAUUCAGUCUACUGUGGGCAUGACUGCAUCCGUCGGCACGCUGCUGCCGCCAUGAAGACCAUCUCAGUCCCCAAACCUGCCGUCUCCAGAGGACGAGCCCAGAGGAAGACGGAAACAGCCAGACCCGCAGCAAAGGCUCAAAGCUCUGGCCGGACAUCGAAGCGUUUGGCUGCAAAAGCUGAGCAGAAGCGCGAAGAGGAACAGAUGAGCGUUGACGAAGAGCAGGAGGCCGCUGGUUCACCUAAAGCCUGCGACCCCAGCCUGACAGAAGCUCAGGCUCCUUCCAUUCCACCAUCUAAGUUGCACACAACAUCUAAUCUGGACAGUGAAAAUAUUGAAGCUGAUAAAGAGGGUGCUCUAACUUCGAAGCCAAGUCCAGAGGAUCCAUCUGCAGACAUUGCCAUGGUUUCUCAGCCUGCAGCAGAGGCAGUGCCACCACAGACUCCCUCUCAAGAAAGCACAAAGCAAACAGUGGAUAGUGACAUGGCAAAGCAGGCACCUGCAGAAUCAGAUCCUUCAGCCCCACCCACCCCUGCCAACACCGAUCCCCCUCCAGCCACCAGUAGUGCUGCUACCAGACAUCAUGAGACCGGGGCUCUUGUGGUCACCAAGACUGCGUACGUCAUCCCAAAGAGGCCAUCUGCAUCUCAGUCUACAUCUGGUCAUCCAGCAGCCUCAGCAUCAUCCCAGAAGCCUUCUUCAGCACCAACACUGCCGAAUGAACCUCGGAACCUGCCUGUGUCACCAGCACCCAGCGCGCCCUCCUCCAGACCCUCUCAGCCGAAUAACGUGGUCAGGCAGAGCAUCCAGCGCUCCCUCACAGGCAUCCUGUUUAAAAGGGUGUGCGAUUGUGAGGAUUUGGAGAUGUCGGAGAGUGAAGCUGCCAAACUUGUCGCAAGCAUUGAGAUGGAGAUGUUUGACAUUUUUCGAAACACGGACAGCAAGUACAUGAACAAGUACAGAACUAUAAUGUUCAAUCUGAAGGACCCAAAAAAUAAGGGCUUGCUCUAUAGGGUGGUACGUGGAGAAAUCGGACCCUUCAGACUGGUCAGGAUGAGCCAGAAGGAUAUGCAGGCUGUCAAAGCCCCCGAGCCAAGUCCAAAAGACACGGCAGAGUCCUCAACUGCUAAAGAAGGCACUUUUCAGAAGCCUGAAGCAGUUAAGAUUGAUCUACCCACUUUGAAUCCCCCUCGACCGAAUAAAAAACCUGAAAAUGUGGAACAAAAGAAAACUGUUCCUCCGCCUAUUCUUAAGCCCAAAACAAGACAACCAACUCAGACUGCUGUUGUGCCAGAUAUUCUUGCCUGCAUGCUGAAGGACACAACCUCGGAACACAAAGCUCACCUCUUUGACCUGAAAUGCAAAAUAUGCACUGGUCAAAUGCUAGCUGUCGAAGAAGAGGAACCCAAAAAGAAAAAGCCAAAGAUCUCUAUAUCGAGAGAUAAGCGUGAAUCAUCUUGGAGAAGGUCUGCGGGGAAUGACUCCCCCCUACGGGCACCACCUGACUCACCUGACAUGUCUUCUUCAGCAUCCUUCUUAAUGGAUUCUCCCAAACUGGUCAUUGACUCUCCCCGACUGACUAUAGUAGAAUCACCUGCGUCUCCUCUAAUGGAUUCUCCAGCUUCUCCAACUUUGGAUUCUCCUGCUUCCCCCCUUAUGGACUCACCUGCAUCACCAACUCAAGACUCUGUCAACACUACUGCACUGAAAAGAGGAUAUGCACCAGUUGUGAUUCCAGCUGUUUCUACUGUAUCGAUCACACAACGAGACCCCCGUACGGCAGCAAACAGAUUUCCACCUUUACCUAGCAAUACAUUUGGGUCCAGUGACACAACUCGUCGCCAAGCAAUCCCUCAUGUCCUCAAAAACGAAAGCUCGGCUUCUCAGGCAUCACCAGCACCCUCUCGACCACCAAUGAAAACAUUGCCUAAAUCCAUUUUGAUGAAACCAUCUUCCACUGCAGAUCCAAGACUUUUUGGCACAUUGUCAAGGACCAUGAUCUCUCAAUCCCCAGCAGAGGAGACUGUUCAGUUCCUGGCUAAGCAAGAGAUAUUGUGGAAAGGUUUUCUGAACAUGCUUACUGUAGCCAAGUUUGUCACCAAGGGAUAUCUGGUUUCAGGGUCUGCUGAAAAUCUUAAAGCGGAUCUACCUGAUACCAUACAAAUUGGAGGGCGAAUAUUGCCCCAAACAGUCUGGGACUAUGUGGCAAAACUCAAGACUUCACUGACAAAGGAGCUGUGUGUGAUCCGGUUUCAACCUGCGACAGAGGAGGAAGAAGUGGCCUACGUCUCCCUGUUUUCCUAUUUCAGCAGCAGAGGUCGUUUUGGGGUCGUCGCCAAUGGCAAUCGUUCCAUUAAGGAUGUCUAUCUUGUCCCACUCAGCGCAACAGAACCAAUCCCAUCCAUACUUCAACCUCUUGAAGGACCAGGGCUAGAAACAAACCGUCCCAAUCUUCUUUUGGGUCUAGCCGUUGUUCAAAGGACAAAGCGUCCUGGAAGCUUGCCCCAGGAAAUUGAAGAGAAGAGACCCAAAGUACUUAUGUCCAAAGACCCAGCAUGGAUCCCAAAACCACCCGUCCUUUAUGGUUCAGACAAAUUGGAAAUAUUUCAGCCCUAUGAUCCAGAGACCCCUGCUAGUACUACCCCUCCUCUGGGAUCACCAUCUUGUCCUGGGUCACCGUCAGACUCUUCUUCGUCUGGCUCAGUUACCAUCCCCAUACCAUCCUUUUUGCCUUCCAUUAAAACAGCGGCUCCUGUUUCUACCUCAGCCAGUGUCAUUCCAACACAGCCAACAUCAAGUUGCACAUCUGACAAUAACCCCACAACAUCAAGCGAUAAGAAAGCAUUGCCGUCCAUCCUAACGACUUUGUUUAGCCAUAAAUCGUCUGAUUCCACAACCUCCUCUGAUGCACAUUCUACCAAACCAGCAGUGAGUACUAAAAAGGUCUCAAUGCCCUCUGACGUGUCCAGAUCAAUGUUGGACCCCAUUGUCCAACAGUAUGGACAGAAGUCAAAAGUUAAAAAGAUGGAGGAUGAAGAAAAUUACUUGGAUCGGCCAUAUGAUCCAGAGGAAGAGUAUGACCCAGCGAUGGGAUAUAAAACAGUUGCUCCACAGGCCUUAGACAAAGUUGAGGCAGACGAUGCAAAAUUGUCAGACUUUGUGGAAGACGAUGUGGCCUAUGAUCCAGAGGAUGAGACAAUCUUUCAAGAUAUUCAAAGUGACACUCCUGCCACAAAACCACCUAUACCCGAUGAAACAUUAGAUUCUCCAUCAUGCCCAACACCAGUUCCCACCUCUGCCCCAGCGCAAAUGUCUGUGCAGACUACAGUUACAUCAAACCUUCCUACAGGUACUGUCGUUGUCUCAGCCGCAACACUGACUGAACAGCAGCGCAUGCUUGAAGAGCUCAAUAAGCAAAUAGAAGAGCAGAAACGGCAGUUAAAAGAGCAAGAGGAAGCACUCCGCCAACAAAGAGAAGCUGUGGGCAUGUUCAUGGCUCAGUUUUCAGUUUCAGAUUCUCUCAUGUCUCCUCCAGGAAAAACUUUGCCUCUCAACAAACUGCCAUCUCUUCAGAGCAGCUUAAAGCAGAUGGGGUCAAAGCCCUCAGAAUCGGCAAACGUCUGCUCCCUCAGAGAGACCUCAGAUGGUUGUAACAUAGAAAGUGCAGCUGACCAUCAAAAUGUGAAUAUUGAGACAACAGCCACUGUAGAGCAAGAUGAAUCACACGAAAAUGCAGAGGACUCUAACAAAUCUGCUGGAGAAAUUGAGGAUUCUGAUGUUGCUUAUGAUCCAGAGGAUGAAUCACUUUUUGAUGAAAUUCAAGAUGAUGUAUUUAAAGGAAGUGAUUCCCUAUCUGUCAAAUCGGGGCUUAGCGGCAGUCUCAAAGGUGCAUCUCCAAACUCAUACAAAAGCAGAAGGCACAGGUCAUCGCCAAAGAAACGAAGUCGCCAUGAUAGGGAUCACCAUAGAAGUCCUUCAAGACAGUCACAACAGCGUUCUCCUUCACAUUCCCGAAGACAUCGAGAAAGAGAAAGACACAGAAAAAGUGAAAGGGACAGGUCAAGGCACAGAGGUCGAGAUCAUUCUGAAAGGCAAGGGCACCAUCGCAAAGGCCGCACUACACGCCGACAUUCUCAUGGACAAAGAAGAUCAUCAUCUUCUUCUAGAAAAAGACAUUCUAUGUCCCCUUCCCCCCAACCAAGCAGAGGACCCUUCCCUGAAGUUUAUGAAACAUCAAAACUUGCAAGUGUUUCAUACAAUGCUCAAGACUCAGUUGAAGUAGAGAGGAGCACAUCAUCAUCAUCAUCCUUUUCAGUUACCAGAAAUGAUCCUGGUCAAUCUGAGUUAGAAUGUAACCUUGGCACAGACAAAAUCUCCACUCCCUGUUCACAGAAACAGCUUCAUAAUACCAAGCUUGAAAUUUCAGAGCCACAAAAAUGUCCAUCACCUCAGAAACCAUUAGUUACAGCUGACACAGCUAUAGCUGAUGAUGCACCCACUGCUCUGUCAUCACAGGUCGAAAAAUCCUGUCAACAGCGUCCUCAGCUUCACGAUAAACUUGUAACAACUGUUCCUUUAAGAGAACUUGAUCCACCCAUUAGAGAUUCUCCUGAGAGCCCUGAUCCAGAGCCACAAUUUGUGAAACCCAGCAACACUGUACAAGAAGAAAACAAGGAACCUGUUGGCCUUUUCAGUCUUUCUAGUGGUGAUUACGCAACAGAGUCUAAUGAAUUUUCUCUUUCUGGUCAAGAUGUUGGAAAUCAAACAAAUGAUAAAACAUUGGAUUUUGGAUUUUCACAAAGUCUUAAUGUUGGAAAUCAGGGUGUGAUUGAAACAGAAAAAUCAAUAAAAAGAGAAAGCUCUAGUUUGAUGCAUUCAGAAUUAAGUUAUUCUGGUGCUGGCCCUGACAUAGGACAGAAGUUUGCAAUUGCUACCUCUAAAUCAGUCGGAGCACACUCAGUCCCAAAAAAUGAGGACAAAGAUCUAUCCAUGAAGGGUGUAUUGACAGAUGGAUCUGAUAAAGUGGACCUUGGAUCCAGGAGUCAUUUAUCAGUUGUGGAUCAUCUAAAUACAGAUGCAAGGCAGCCCAGUGAAGUUGGUGAGAAAAAACUACUAAAAGAUGAGAACUCACAUGCAGACAUGAAAGAGGAGAUAAAUGUGCAUUGUAAAGCUGGUGGCCUUAACUUGUCUUGCCACAGACAAGAGAUUUUACAUCCAGAUAUAGGUGCUCAGAGGAAUGCACAUCCUGAUUACAGAGUUUCGGGAAUAGGAGGUGCCAGUCCUGCUAUGAAAAGUCAAGGUUUGGAUUCACAUUCAAGGAAUCUAAAUUGGAGUGGGUCGGAGUCAGAUGUAAGAAAUGACUGGAGAGGACUUGAUCACAGUAGAUUAGGUCCAGGCACAGAAGGGGCCUUUGUUCAAAAUAACUGGAGAAUUCUUCAGGCUGAUAGGGAGGGAGUAAACAUACAGAAACAAACAUCUGGUGUAAUUGGUGAAUGCCAAAAAUUUGGACAGUCAGGGCCUGCUAUGAGAGAUUCAAGUAUGCAGCCCACAACACAAGCUACCACUUCUAUUUUGGGACCAAGACCUGAAAAUAUUCGACUUGACAGUGACACUCCAGUACAUGACAGAAGAGCACCAGCGCCAGAUUUCACAGGUCCUAAAGAAACAGGACCGGCUAUGGAUAUUCAAAGGCCAGAUCUGAGAGAAAAAGGGCCCCCAGACUUUGUGAGACCAGAACCUGAAAACACAGGUUUAGCAAUGGGGGAUCCUGGGCCUAAUCUGAGAGAACAUCUAGGUCCACAGUUUAGAAGACCUGAUGUAAGAGGGUCAGAAAUAAGGGGACUAUGGCCUGAAAGGAGAAGUCCGGGUUUUGUUGGUCCAGGGCCUUAUGGGCAUGGACCAUGGGGUCCGGGCUCUGAGCCUACAGGGCCAAGAUUAGAUGGUGUGUGGUCUGAAAGGCAAAAUAUAGAAGCUCCAGAAUCCAAGAUGCCAGGCCCUGAAAGCAAAAAAUCAUGUAUCGACAGUCAGGGGCCUGAAGGAACAAGACCUACAGGACCAGAUUUAAGAGCAUCUAUUGGAAGAGGUCCAGAAAUGGGUGUUCAAAGGCUUGAAAACCGAGUAUUUGGGCCUCCAGAUUUCUUAAGACCCAGACCUGAAAGGAGAAGCCAGGCCAUUGAGGCAAUUGGGCCUGGAGAGGUGGGGCCUGGAGGUCCGGAGUUUAAUCUAUCAGGGCCUCAUAAUGGUGGUUUCUACAUGGAUGGUGCUGGGCCUGAUCAAAGAAAGAAUAAUGGUCCAGAUUUCAGGGGACAGCAGCCUGAAAACAGAGGUUUAUGCAUUGUUGGUCCUGGGUCUAACAGGGGAGGACCGGGAGGUCCAGAGUUCCGGGUACCACAACCUGAAAACAUUGGAUUGUCUAUGGAUGGUCCUAUUCUUGAUAGAAGAGGAUCUGGAGGUCCACAAUUCAGGGCACCACUACCUGAAAACAGAAGCUCAUUCAUGGAAGGUCCUCACCUUGAACCCAGAGAGCCUGGAGGUCCAGAUUUCAGAGGCCCAGGUCCUGACAGUAGAGGCUUAUCCAUGGAAGGUCCUCGGCUUGAACGCAGAGAGCCUGGAGGUCCAGAUUUCAGAGGCCCAGGUCCUGACAGUAGAGGCUCAUCCAUGGCAGGUCCUCGGCUUGAACGCAGAGAGGCUGGAGGUCCAGAGUUCAGAAGACCAGGUCCUGACAACAGAGUCUCAUGCAUGGAUGGUCCCAGGCCUGACAGGAGAGGACCUGCUGAUCCAGAGUUUAUGGGACCAGGUCCAAGGAACAGAGACUUCCCCAUAGAUGGUGCUGGGGGUGAGAGGAGAGGACCUGGAGGUCCAGGGUUCAGAUCGACAGGUCCUGGUAACAGAGAUUUACUUAUGGAUGGGCCUAGGCCUGAGAGGAGAGGACCUGGAGGUCCUCAGUUAAGGGGACCAUUACCUGAAAACAGAGCCUCUUCUAUGGAAAGUCCCUGGCCUGAACAUCGACAACCUGGAGGUCCUGAUUUCAGAGGCCCAGAUCCUAACAACAGAGACUUAUCCAUGGAUGGUCCUAGGCCUGAUAGAAGAGGACAUGGAGGUCCAGAGUUCAGAAGAUCAGGUCCUGAGAAUAGAGACUUAUCCAUGGAUGGCCCUCAGCCUGGUAGAAAAGGACCUGGGGGUCCACAAUUCAGGGGACCACUACCUGAAAACAGAGGCUCAUCCAUGGAAGAUCUUUGGCCUGAACACAGAGAACCUGGAGGUUCCGAUUUCAGCAGCCCGGGUCCUGACAAUAGAAACUUAUCCUUUGAUGGUCCUAGACCUGAUAGAAGAGGACCUGGGGGUCCGCAGUUGAGAAAAUCUGGUCCUGAGAAUAGAGAAUUAUCCAUGGAUGGUUCUAGACCUGAUAGAAGAGGACCUGAGGGUCCACAGUUGAGAAGAUCUGGUCCAGAGAAUAGGGACUUAUCCUUGGAUGGCCCGAGGCCUGAUAGAAGAGGACCUGGAGGUCCACAGCACAGGGGACCACUACCUGAAAAAAGAGGCUCAUCCAUAGAAGGACCUUGGCCGGAACACAGAGAACCUGGAGGCCCAGAAUUCAGGGGACCAGGUCCAGAGAACAGAGGCUUAUCCAUGGAUGGUCCUGGGCCUGAGAAGAGAGGACCUGGCCCAACAAACAGACCACGGCUUUCAAACAGAGGAGUAUCCAUGGAUGGUUCUGGACCUGAUUUCAGAAGCCCAGGUCAUGAUAACAGAGGCUUACCCUUCGAUGGUCCCGGACAUGAUCACAGAGGACCUAGAGGUCCAGAUUUCAGAGGAACACGGCCUGAAAACCGAGGUUUAUCCUUGGAUGGUCCUGGGCCUGUGGAGAGAGGGCCUAGAGGUCCAGACUUCAGAGGACCACAUCCUGAAAACAGAGACUUAUCCAUUGCUGGUCCUGGGUCUGAUAGGAAAAGGCCUGGAGGUCCAGAUCUUGGUGAGCCAGGAUUUGAUGGCAGAGGUCCUGCUGGUGGUAUGAGAUCUGAAAAUAGAUUAUCAAGUGGUCCAGAUUUUAUAGGACCAGGACCAGAAUGGAGAGGUCCUGUCGUGGAGGGCCCUGUGAAUGACUUGGUAGGAAGCAGGGAUCCUAAUUUUAGGGCUCAAGGACCUGGUGGAAGAGGCUCAUUCAUGGAGGGUUCUAGACCUGGUAGAAGAGGGCCUGGUGGUCCUGAUUUUAGUAAACCAGGGCCUGGUGGUCCUGAUUUUAGUAGACCAGGACCACGUGGUCGAGGUUCAACUAUGAGUCGUCCAAGGCCUGACAGGAGAGUGUCAGAAGGCUCAAGUUUCAGUUGGUCAGAACAUGAGCAAGGCGAAAGAGGUCUGAAUUUUAAAGGACCAGGUUUUGAAAGGAGACCACCUAUUGAUGGAUCACUGCCUGCUGAAAGAAGAGCACCAGGAGAACAGAAUUACCAUGGGCAGGGCUUUGAUCAGAAUUUGGAAAGCUCACAGUCGGGGGUGAUAGAACCAAACUCAAUAGGACCCUCUUCAGAAGAACCAGAAUUUAAAUUCAGGAGAGGAAUGCGCCCCCCUGUUAUGGGAGCUCUGCAGCCAAUUAGAAAAGGUCCAGGUCACCAAGAUUUCAGAGAAUCAGGUUAUGUAAGAGAAGAACCUGACAGCGAGGGCCUGCACACUGAUAAACAAGAAUCAGAAGAUUACAGCUUCAGGGAAUCUGGAUUUGAAAUGAGUGAUUCACAUUUUGAAGACCCCGAACCUGAUUGGAUAAGAUCACAUGAGCCAGACUGUAGGAAGCCAGGCAUCAGGCCAAAUCCCCCACACUCUGAGGUUUUAAGACAUGAUGGAAGAGAUGACUGGGGAGGAUCAGAAGAACAGAGUUGGCAAGGACCCUUUCAUGAACGGAGAGGUUGUAGAGGUAGAGGAGGUAGAGGACUAAGCUUUAGACAAGUUCCAAGGCCAAGAAUUGGUGCACAGGAUGAAUGGAAUGAUUCUGGUGAUUCAGGGCCUAGAAAGGAACAUCUUGAUGAGUGGAGAGAGCCUGAUCAUGGGGAUUCUAGACCAUUUUAUCAAGACAAUGAAAGACACGGUGAAGAUAGCCAACCAGAUCAUUUACACAUGGGAAAUGACAAACGACAGCCAGCUUUCAGAGGGAGACUGAGAGCACCACGAGGGAAAGGACGUGGGGAUUUCAUUACAGAUCCAGGUUCAGUCAAUUCAUAUCAUAGCAGGAGAGAAUUUGAGAUGGAAAGCUGUGAUAGAAGAGGCCCAGGAGGUCUAAGACUUCAGAGACCUGGAAAUAGAAAUUUUAGUGUUCAAGAUCCUAAUGAAGGACCAGGUACACAAAGAUUUGAAAAUAAUUUAAGACAGGAAAGGAGAGGUGUGGUGGGCCCAGUGCAUGACAGCAGAGGUCCAGAUGCAAUGCACAGAGAACCAGAACAGAGAGGUCCUCAUCAGUUUGCAAGACACCAAGACUCUCGUAAACUGCAUUUAGUGAAUAGACCUGUUGGUUCUGAUCCUAACCGUGGAGGGAAAAUGUUUCCCGGCCAACCCCCUAGACCCCGAGGUGCCUUACUACCAACACCGAAAGAAGGCCUCAUUCGUUUCCCAAAUCAUAUGAUCAAGAAUGCUGAUGUUUCCAGCGUGAAACAAAACAUUAAGAGUCAGCCAGUACAUGGGCAACAGAGCAAAUCAGUGAGUCAACAAGGACAAGUGACCUCACAGGAGUUAGGAAGUCCUACUGUAAAAACAAACACACCUGCAGUUGAAAAGAAAGCAGAAGACUGAAAUAAGGAUCAGGGUAAUGGAAAUGAUGGAGUGUAGAAACUAACACCACCUAAAAAGUGUCUACACUGGUUUAACUACAAUUGCCAGGUUGAAUUAGACACAGGCAACUCAUCAUUAAGAUAACAAUCUUGCAAACGUUUUAAUAUUUGCAACUUGAUAUGUCAAAACCCACAGUGAGAUAUUUGGAUUUAUCCUUUUUGUUUAUGUUGUAUCAAAAGAUUAUGUGUAUAUUUUGAAAGCCUCUCAAAAGUAACUGAUUUUGCAAAUCGAUCAGAGUUUGUAGAGUCUGUACAUUUGUUCAAACAUAGCCAUAGCGUCAAUACUGUAGCAUACUUUUUGGUUUUAUGUUGAAGUGGUACAAGUUGGGUUGUUUUAUGUUCUUUCAGAAUACCAAUGUAAAUAAAGCAACAUACUUUUGUG